GAUUGCUACAUCCGAUUCUGCAGUCAAAAUUUUUCUCUAGAGGACUUUCACAUGUAAGAUUCCUUGGCAUUUAUUCCUCAAAUUUACAAUUUUUCGACUCUUACAUGACUUCAAAUUUCUGUCAUUUCUGUAUUUACAGAAGCAUACACUUGGCCAAUAACUCCAUCCAGAAACACUUUGAGAACAGUGGAAUUCGCGACAAGCGCAUCCCAGAGGAUAACAUGUGGAGCAGCGAUGAUCUAAAGGCGUACCUCAAGUGAGUCCAGCUUUUAGUGUCUGUUUAUUACCCGCUAUAAAAUUAAAAAGGCUAAAAAAUCAUCUUUAUGAAAUACUGAUGAACUUAACUUGGCCCUUGAACUUGACCCUUGACCCCUGACCCUUGAAUCAUUUUUGGAUUUUAUCUGGAUUGUUUGUUUAGUACUUUUAAUUAUUUUUGUACCACUUUUAAAGCAUAAUCAAUAAACCACAUAAAAGUACUGCUCGUUAGCUUUCAAUGUGUUUUGAUUGUUUAACUCUGAGUAAAACCCUUCCCCUCUCGUAUAUCAAGUGUUGAAUCUUUUGGCUCUGCCAAAUUGUGCAUGGAAGAAAGCUGCUGCUCAGUAUCCGAUGAAUUUCGUGCCUAGACUUGAAAGAUAGGACCGCUGUUUACUUCACAACAAAUAGUACCACAGAAAAGUGUUGCCGCGGGUUUGAAGGAGAGUUUUUAUAAAGGCUGGAGCUCAAGGGUUAUGGGCUCCUGAAAGAAGCGAGUCAGAGCAUAUUCAUUACUGCGUUAAUACAUGUAAUAGGUACAUAGGUUAGGCCAAAAGGUGAAUAACGUUCUCGAGAAAAGUAGUGUCAUCACUUCACACAGAAGUUGAGGUUAUGUUCUUCUGGUUCAUAUUAUAGCUUUUUUUCAAAUAAAAUAGACGUUUGAAAACAAAACUUCCCAGACAAAACAAUAUAACUUGUCUUGAAAACCUGACGAAUUUGUGAAAUUUUGUCCUUGUAGGAAGAGGGGUGUGGGUGAAAUGUGGGAAGAUGUGAUUUAUCCUGGUAUGAAGAAGGCCGUAAUCUCCGCUGUGCAGUCUUGUCAGGAGAUCGUGGAAUAUCGCAAGGUAAUGCUUGACUCAGAACCUCUCAGAACGUACUGUUAGGCUGUAUGUUCCCCAACACAGAGGAAAAAGGUCACAUAAAGUCAACAAGUAAAGGGCAUGCUCGUCUGCAUAUUAACAUUGGGAUAACCCUCUUCAUCGUCUGAGUUGCAUUAGUUAAAACUACUGCCCACGCAAGUCUACAGAUAGUUACCUUUAAGCUGAAUAAUCGAUAAACUAUUCUUGUGAUUUUCUUGUCAGAAUUCGUUCGAGCUUUAUGGCGCCGAUUUCAUCAUAAGUGAGGACUACAAACCGUGGCUGGUAAGUAAAAUUAGUAAAUCACAUUCAAAAAAGUCUAUUUUUGAAAGCCCUCAGAAUUGUUCUCUCCAAGAAUUUAAACCUGACCUCCCACGAUUAAACGAAUUCCGCGAAUGUAGGAUUGCGACGCGAGAAAUGACUCGGGAAUUUUGCGAUCUCACGACCAACUAGUCAGUUUAGUAACUUAUAUGUAAAAUGCUAUCUUACAUGCCCAUUAGUCGAUAUACAAAGAGUUCUUUUCACCCCUAACUUUCUGUGGUUGCCACCUUUUCGUUCUUGUAGCUGGAAAUAAACUGUAGCCCUACAAUGGGACCAAGCACGGCUGUUACUAGAAAGCUGUGUGCUCAAGUCUUAGAGGACACCAUGAAAGGUAAGAGCACUACCUCUAACGAAUUCUUAUUUAAAGGUUACAAAUUGGAAGUAAAACAGUACGAGCAGAUGCUGGGCAGUUAAACAUCAUCCGGGAAACGAUGAUCUGACUUGGACAUUUUGCUAAUAACAGACCCUUUUAUUUGGUCAAUUAAUACUUGCGGGAUAAAGGACUUCAAGGAAAUUCUAAAAUCACGGGUUCUCUGUGAUUUGGGUAUUUCUUGGCCUGUUGUGCGCGCGCCACAAUGUGGAAACUUGUAGCGACCAUUACAAUGACGCAAACAUAAAUCCAUAUUGUGAUGCCUAUACAGCGAUAGGACACCCCAGGAACCUCAGGAGAACCAAUGAUUUGUGUGUUGUUCGCUUGGGGGGUCGCAGCAGUAAGCUCUUAAGGUGGACGUAUGAGAUUUUCCACGGUUUAAUUUAAAUCCCAGAAAAUCCUUUUUAAUGACAGAGCGCUGGGUUGGAAUUUACUCCAACUAAAAGGAGAUGAAUGACAUCUCACUUUCAAUAUUAAAGCCAGUGUUGAAACUCGCCCUCCCCAGCUACACAAUUUACUCCAGUUCCCUCCCCCUUCCAUCCCUGACUUUUUAUGGGCCUCCCCCGCCCCCCGAGCUUCCCGAGGUUCUGCGAUACACGUAUUUCUAGUAGAGAUGAUAAUGGCAUGUGAUAACUAUGCAGAGCUUUGAAACUCUUCUUACUCUAAUUCUUCAUAUCAUUAAUAAUCUAUAAAGAGAAUAAGAGUGAUAAUGGUUUUAAUACCCAACCUGAGUGGAGGGCGGUAAUUCCCAUUUUAAAUGGACGGUAAAAUUAAACCCCUAAGGAAGACCAGUAUGGGCGUAGUUAAGGCUAUAUUUGAGAUUGUACGAAAUAAAACAGACAACCACAUAAGAGCCAUGGUGACUUUCAAUGUGCAAAAGCACAAUAUGAAGGUGCUUGGUUUAUUUUAAAUGGUUAAGUAUGCAGAACUUUAAGCGACGACGUAUGGGUGAAAUAUGAGUCCUCAGUCCUCAACACUCAAAGGGAGACGAAAAUCUGCUAUUUAAAUCCCUUCGCGAGAUUCAUCCCUUCCUUUUCAUAUGAUUUUGAUCCAAAAAUUUGGGGCAAACAUUUCAUCAAGGAUUGAUCGGUAGAGACACACCUUUUUUUAUCCCACCUCUCGAUGUAUAUUCCAGUGAAACAAUCUUCGUGUUUAAUAUGGUGCAUAUAAUUUGCCUUUUUCAGUGGUCCUCGAUCGACGAGAUGACAAGAAUUGUGAAACAGGAAGAUACGAGCUAGCGUUUAAGCAGGUACCUUUCUGCAUGAUC